UUCUGCCCCAGCCGACUGUAAGACAGAAAUAGGAAGGAAGGAUUGGGGUGCAUCACAAAGCUCCCACAGCCCGGCUGCUUUUCCCAGCCAAGCUUGAGAAGUUGAGACCAUCCUCAUCCCAGCCCAAGCACGGAACGGAGGAGAGGGCUGGAUGCGAGAAAAUGUCACGUGACUGCUGCCUCCAGCUGCUGGUGGUGACCUGGGUGCUGCUGCUGGUGAUGACAGCCUUUGCCAUGGAGUGCCCCAAGAUCAAGGUGGGGACAUGCAAGGACUGCAUCCAGUCCGGUCCCGGCUGCGCCUGGUGCAAGAAGCCGAGUUUCACUAAAGCCGGUGAGCCGGACUCCAUCCGCUGCGACACCAUUGAGCAGCUGCAGCAGAGGGGAUGCCCGCCCGACGAGAUUGAGUUUCCAGUCAAUGACAUUACAACGUCACAGAACAGUCCCUUAAGCAAUGACAUACAGCUGGCUCCCCAGGAGGUGCACCUGAAACUGAGGAUAGGCCAGCCUGCUGUGUUUGAGGUGAAGUUUCGCCGUGCCAUGGGGUACCCCAUUGAUCUCUACUACCUCAUGGACCUCUCUUACUCCAUGCUGGAUGAUCUGGAGAAGGUGAAGAAGCUGGGAGGGGAGCUGCUCAGGGCACUAGAGAGCACCACACCUUCUCGCCGCAUAGGGUUUGGCUCCUUCGUGGACAAGACAGUGCUGCCCUUCGUGAACACGCACCCCGAGAAGCUGCAGAACCCAUGCCCCAAUAAGGACAAGCAAUGCCAGCCUCCCUUCGCCUUCAAGCACAUCCUCUCACUGACCGACAAUGCCAAGAAGUUUGAGAACGAAGUGGGGAAGCAGUUUAUCUCAGGCAACCUGGAUGCCCCAGAGGGGGGGCUGGAUGCCAUGAUGCAGGCAGCGGUGUGCGGGGACUUGAUCGGCUGGCGCAAUGUGACCCGCUUGCUGGUUUAUGCCACUGAUGACGGCUUCCACUUUGCCGGUGAUGGCAAGCUCGGGGCCAUCCUGACCCCCAAUGAUGGCCAGUGCCACUUGGAGGACAACAUGUACAAAAAGAGCAACGAGUUUGACUACCCAUCUGUCGGCCAGCUGGUCCAGAAACUUGCUGAAAACAACAUUCAGCCCAUUUUUGCUGUCACCAGUAAGGUGGUGGAUGUUUACAAGAAACUCAGUGAGAUGAUCCCAAAGUCGGCGGUGGGAGAGCUGAAUGAGGACUCCAGCAACAUCAUUGAACUCAUCCAGGUGGCCUACAAUAACCUCUCCUCGCGGAUCAUCCUGGACCACUCUACCCUGCCAGACAUCCUGGAUGUCAAAUAUGACUCCAUAUGCGGUACGAGCAAGGUCGUCUUAGACGAAGUGAGAGGGCAGUGUGACAACGUCAAGAUCAAUGAUGAGGUCGUCUUCAAAGUGAAGGUCACAGCCAAGGAGUGCAUCAAAAGUCAGUCCUUCACCAUCCGGCCGCUGGGCUUCACAGAUACCCUCACUGUCCACCUGGACAGCAACUGCAACUGCAACUGCAAUGAGGAGCCUGACCCAACCGCCUGCAGUGGGAAAGGCAGCAUCGUCUGUGGGAUCUGCAGCUGCAAUUCGGGCUACACGGGGAAGAACUGCGAGUGCGAAACCAAAGGCAAGACCAGCAAGGAGCUGGAGGGCAGCUGCCGAAAGGACAACAGCUCAAUCAUCUGCUCGGGGUUGGGGGACUGUGUGUGUGGGCAGUGCGUCUGCCACACCAGCGAUGUGCCCAACAAGCAGAUCUAUGGCACCUUCUGCCAGUGCGACAACAUGAACUGCGAGUUUCACAAUGGCUCCCUCUGUGGUGGUGAAGAGCGUGGGAAAUGCGACUGCGGGGAGUGCAAGUGCACGACAAUGUACGAGGGCAGCGCCUGCCAGUGCAAAAAGUCGACAGAUGGCUGCUUGAACAUCGAUGGCAAUGAGUGCAGUGGCCGCGGGACCUGUCACUGCAACCGCUGCCAGUGCCGGGGGGGAUACCAGCCCCCGCUCUGCCAAGAGUGCCCCGGCUGCCCCUCACCCUGCGGCAGAUACGUGUCCUGCGUGGAGUGCAAAGCCUUCGGGAGCGGCCCCUUUGAGAAGAACUGCUCCCAGGCCUGCUCCAACAUCCGGAUGGACAGGCAAUUGACAGGGACAAGCAGGCAGUGCAGGGAGAAGGACUCCAACAACUGCUGGAUCUCCUUCCGCAUGGUCCAGGAGGACGGCGAGGAGAAGUACACCAUCACCGUUGAUCUUAAAAAAGAGUGCCCGAAGCCACCCAACGUUGCGCUGAUUGUGGGCAGCACCGUUGCCGGCGUGGCCCUCAUCGGCCUGGUGCUCCUGCUGAUCUGGCGUCUCUUGACGGAGCUGUUUGACCGCCGGGAAUAUCGCCGGUUUGAGAAGGAGAAGUCCAAGGCCAAGUGGAACGACGCUGAUAACCCCCUCUUCAAGAGUGCCACCACCACGGUUGUGAACCCCAGGUUCAAUGGGCAGUGAAGUAUAGCGACACCUGGCAGCACUAAGACCCACCAUUAAAGAAGGAAACGCCAAGCUAAGAAAAUCUCAAACUAAGGCUUCCACCUCCUCUACUUUAUCCUGUUGGUUUGUUCCCUUCUUCCAAGAGGCCACCAGCACAUCAGGCACUGGCUGAGGGACUGCACCAUGCCUGUCUCUUGGUGCAGUGCUUGAUGGUUGAGUUAGUGGAGUUGGGAGAAGGGAACAGACACAGCUUUGCCAUGGAUGGAACCUCACCAGUGGGCACAUGCAACGGCUCCUGUACCAGUUACCAACUGGUACUGUCUCAGCUCUCUGACUUUGCCUUCUGGCAAGAGUCUCAGACACCAAGCCCCAAAACCAGCUGAGUCAUAGAGUGCUUUGAGCUUUGAUCUAGAGCUGGGAUUUCAAAACUGCCAUUUUCUUUCUGCCCUAGCAGAAUCUGCUCCCAGGCUGCUCCAUGCAUUCCCCUGCUGCACUGGUCUCCACCACUAUGUUUGCACUGGUUUCUAAAGCACUCACUGGCGAGUUCGAUGUGAAGGGUCCUCCAGGCUGGCAGUCUGCUGUGGAGGUUGCAGUGAGAAGAUGGGCCCUAAGGGUUAGUGAGCACCUGUACCUGGAGAUGAAAAGCAGCUUGGGAACAUGCACUGAGUCUUUUUUCUAAAUCAUCAGCUGCCUCCCAGUGUUACUUCCCUCUCAGACCUACACUGGGCAAGGUUCUACUUGGGCUUAUGCAAGUGUGGCUUACCUCCGCCAGGCCUGGAGCUCUCUGCAUGACAAGAAGGCAAAGGAGCAAUUGUUUGAACUACGAAACAUUGGCACUGAGCACAUGAAACAUUGCCUGCAGCUCAGAGCUCGGCCACAGCUUCUUCUGCCAGCCCCAGGGCAAGAUCUUUUCCCUGCUCUACAAGCGCAUCAGACAUGCCAAGGGCCAGGCGUGCAAGAGACCUGUCGGCAUCCAGAGCACCUGCAGCUCAGCACUUUUCCGAACCACACACAGCAGCUAAUUGCUCUUACGUUGUGGGGUCAUUCCUGUGAAAUAGCGGUACAAAACCAUAUUUGCCUUAAGUUUGGGAAUAGUUUGCAUACAGCUGUAUUAUGUCACAUCGUCAUUUGCUCUCUGAAGAUGUUUAACGUUAAU